AAGUCAUAAAUCAAAACCUUUGUAAACCCUAGGAAUAUAUAAGUCUCACCUUACUUGCAAACUGCGCCGUCGCGAUUUCAUUUCCUCUGAUUUCGAUUUCUUCGACGGCGACGUGUUUUCGGCACCUUUCUCUUCCCUUUCGAAAUCAUGGUUAGAGUCAGUGUUUUGAACGAUGCUCUUAAGAGUAUGUACAAUGCUGAGAAAAGAGGAAAGCGUCAAGUUAUGAUUAGGCCUUCCUCUAAGGUCAUCAUCAAAUUCCUCAUCGUUAUGCAAAAACACGGUUAUAUUGGAGAGUUUGAGUAUGUUGAUGAUCACAGAUCUGGGAAAAUCGUUGUUGAAUUGAAUGGUAGGUUGAACAAAUGUGGGGUUAUUAGUCCUCGUUUUGAUGUCGGUGUCAAGGAGAUUGAAGGUUGGACUGCUAGACUUCUCCCUUCCAGACAGUUUGGAUACAUUGUUUUGACCACUUCUGCUGGUAUUAUGGAUCAUGAAGAGGCUAGGAGAAAGAAUGUUGGUGGUAAGGUCCUUGGCUUCUUCUACUAGGCUAGUUCCUUGUUGAGGAUUUUUGAGAUUUCAGUUUUUGGCUUCCUGGAUGUAAUGGUGGAUGUGCUAGUCCAUUAGUAAUAUCAAGAAUAGUAGGAGCUGUUUUGUGAUGUUAUUUAUUUUGUUUUACAAAACCAAGUUGGUUGCUAUAAUUUAUCCGAUUUCUUUACAUAUUUAUCGUACCGAAAUGUACUGGCAGAAUUGUUUUCAAUGGUAAGCAUUUUGAUUAUAA